AGCUUUAUCCUUUUAGAUUAUCUGUAUUUGAACCCAUGUAAUGUUUAACAGAGGAAAACAGCAGCGUGAGUAAAGCAACAAGAACGAGCACAAUCCAUGCAAGUGCAGGAGCUUCUGAAUGCAAUUAGUUGAAAAGUAUGAUGAAGGCCAUCCUCCUGCUAUACUUGCUGUUGGCCAUCCUUUACCCUGCAGUCCCCAGCAUGAGACAGACUGACCAUCACGAUGAAGAGCCCAAGGUAACUCACCUCCAUGAGCAGCAUCCUCAUGAGGAAGAUUCUCUUGCUUUCUGCCAGCAUAUAAUACCCAGCAACACAGACUUUGCCUUCAGGUUUUACAGGCAAGCAACUGUCCAAGCACCUGGCAAGAAUAUUUUCUUCUCCCCAGUCAGUGUCUCUGCUGCCUUUGCCCUGCUGGCCCUCGGCUCCAGAGCCGCAACCCGGGCUCAGCUGCUGGAGGGGCUGGCCUUUAAUCUCACCAACAACAGGGAGGAGGAGAUACACCAUGGCUUUCAUCAUCUCCUUCUCUUGCUGAACCGUCCUGGCAGCCAGGUGGAGCUGAGCAUGGGAAAUACCUUGUUUAUGGACAAGCACCUGAAGCCACUGACAGCAUUUCUGAAGGACAUAAAAAAACUGUACAAAGCAGAAAUUAUUUCUAGUAACAUUCAGAGUUCUACUGAGGCUAAAAAAGAGAUCAAUGAUCAUAUAAAAAACAAAACCCAUGGGAAGAUAAAUCAAAUACUGAAAGACCUCAAUCCAAACUCUUUAAUGGUACUUGUUAACUAUAUUUAUUUCAAAGCCUACUGGGAAAAUCCUUUCAAUAUGAAGGGGACUCACACGGAUUAUUUCUAUGUGAAUGCAAUGACCUUGGUUGAAGUGAAGAUGAUGGUUCGAGAUAGCUUUUAUGACAUAUAUUCUGACAAGAAGCUGUCAUGCAAGGUGGUGAGGAUUCCUUACAAGGGAAAUGUUUCAGCAUUGUUCAUUCUGCCCAAUGAAGGAAAAAUGAAAUGGCUGGAAGAUGGUCUGAUGAAAGACACGCUGUCUAAAUGGGAAAAAUCACUUGAAAGACGGAGGAUGGAAGUGCAUAUUCCAAAAGUAUCCAUUUCUGGCACCUAUGACUUAAAGAAGAUAUUCAUGAAUCUGGGUGUAAUAGAUGUGUUUUCUGACCAGGCUAAUCUGUCUGGAAUCACAGGAAAGUCUGAUCUGAAGGUUUCAAGAGCUAUUCACAAGGCUCUGCUGAACAUUCACGAGAAUGGCACAGAGGCUGCAGCAGUCACUGGCACAGAGUUUGCUCCUCAUUCUGUUCCUCCUGUUAUAAAGUUCAACCGUCCAUUUUUGCUGUUGAUUGUUGAUCAAUACACUCAAAGUAUCCUCUUCAUAGGAAAAAUUGUAAACCCACUGGAAAAUGAUUGAUCAAUGGCAAGUCUUAUUGAUUUGAUUUGCAUGUAUCAUUAAUAGUCUGAUGUAAUUAAAAUUAUAUCAAAUCUUUUAGUAAUAA